AGUGACCGCGGCCCCUCGGCCCAAGAUGGCGGACCUCCACCGCCAGCUGCAGGAGUACCUGGCGCAGGGGAAAGCGGGCGGGCCGGCGGCCGCGGAGCCGCUGCUCGCCGCAGAAAAGGCGCAGGAUCCCGCGGCGGGGAGCGGGCCGGCGGCGGCGUGGCUUGGCCGCGCGGGCCUGCGCUGGACGUGGGCACGGAGCGCCGCGGAGGCAACGGCGCCGGGCCCGGCGUGCCUGCCGAGCGUGACGCGCACACAGCGGCUGGCGGCGAGCGGUGCGUGCCUGUUGCUGGCCGCGCUGUGCUUCGUCCUGGCGGCGCUCCAUGCGCCCGUGCUGCUGCUGCGCGCCCGCAAGUUCGCGCUGCUCUGGUCCCUAGGAUCCGUGCUGGCGCUGGCGGGCGGCACGCUGCUGCGGGGCGGGGCGGCGUGCGGGCGCCUGCUGCGCGGCGAGGAGACGCCCUCGCGCCCCGCUCUGCUCUACGUGGCUGCGCUGGGCGGCACGCUGUACGCGGCGCUAGGCCUGCGCAGUACGUUGCUCACGGCGCUGGGCGCCUUCCUGCAGGUAGUCGCGCUGCUGACCGCGCUGCUCUCCCUGCUGCCCCGGGGCGCGGGCACCGUGCUGCGCGUAGCGCUCGGGCGCCUGGGCCCGGGUGCCAGCCUCGCCAAGGCGCUGCCGGUGUGAGAAGCUCGAGACGCGCCGACGGGACUGGACGCGGAGCCGGCCACCGAGACGCGCCCGAUGGGAUGGAACUUGGAGCCGGCUUCGGGGACGUACCCGACGGCACGGGACAGGGAACCGGCGCUGGGGCGAAGCAGUGCACCUGCGGGUUCCCAGGUGUGCGAGACAAAGGCCGUCCCCUUACUCUGCCAGCGAACCUCUACGCUUUGAGCCGCGGUUACAAAACAAGACACGAGCGGUUUUGGGAAGCUGCUCAAUUGCAGCGUUUUGUGUUGCUACUCGGUAGUAUGUGCUGUGAAAACGAGAUUUUUGUGGUUGAAUGGGGGAAUAUGCCGAAACAUUUUCGAUAAAUUACUCGUGCAUUAACUGCAGUUUUAAAAUUGAGGUUGCUAGAAAAAAAGAUGGAUCUUCAGUUUUUAUUAGCUGCCCUUGUGACUUUUCUUUUGUCAUUAUAAAAAAAUACCCAUUGGUAUAUUGUACCUUAACAAGCUGCUUUUGUUUUCUUUGGGUCUCGGAAAUUCUUCAAGGUGAGUGGAUCACUAAGGCUAUCAGAUUAAACACAAUUUAGCCACCGGAUUUCUUAAAAAGUACUUUAGUCGACGGUUUACCUUUUUUUUUUUGCUUUCCGUGAAAUUGUAAAUAGUGUGCCUUAUAAAAUUAAAAGGAAAACUGAUUGUGUAUUAGAUGAUGACAGUGAUUGACCAGGAAGGAAAUGUCUGCCUCAAGCAGCAUGGUCCGUAAAGUGCACGUAUAUGCUUCUGAGAGCAGACCCAAGUAGGGGGCUUCGGGGUGGCAGGAAGAUAAUUCUACAUCCAGAGUACCGUAUUUGAUGGAAACCAUGGAUAUCUUCAAGUUUUAGUUAUUCCUAAUUCUAUUACCUGUUUUUUAAACUGAUUUACACUUUGUGGGCUAAUGCUAAUGCAAUGUAUGAUGUUUUUCAUGUCCAACUGGCAAAUAACCCUUCAUUUUAGGUUCAGCAUACUUUUAUCUCUGACCUUAUUGUAUCCCUUAAUUUAUUGCCAGAAAAUAUGGACUCAGUAUUCUGAAGUCCAGGAAACUACAUGUUUUGUCGUUAGCUAUGUAUUAACUAGGAAGUAAAAUGUAUUUAGAACUUUACAGUUUUAUGCCAGUGGUUCUUAAUUUAUAUCAGUAUUACUUGAAGAGCCAAACCUCAGAUCAUCAGUUCAGUCAGAAGCUGGAGAGGUGGGGUGGGGGUGUGAACCAGGCGUCAGUAUUUUUUGAGAGCUUUCCGGAUAACACCACGUUCAGCUGAAGUUGAGAACCACUUCUUUGUGCAUAGGAUUUGAAAAUAAUUGUUUUCAGGGGCUGGAUUCCAUUGUUGCCCAAACAGGUGUGUCAGGCAGCAAUGGAGCAUUGCCUUUUCAUCUGAGGUCAAGGUUUGUAUUCCUCUGUCCUGAUCAGUGUCCUGAGCCCUGCCUCAAGAAGUGACUAAUAAAGCGACCAACGUCCACACUGCAGGCUUACCGGCUUCUUUGCCCACCCUCGCAGCCCUUCAGUAUUCUCAAAGAAUAUUGUUGUUCCCUUAUAAGUAAAUAGGGCUACCUACCUCAGGAGGAACAACCAAGAGGGUGUUUGUAAAAGCAAAUGUAGUGUUUUAAGAGAAUGAUUUAUUUUUUUUAACUGGGAAAAACUUGAGCCAUUGGCUGCUCUUUCUAUCCCCUAAUUAAAUGUCUGUUCUAGUUCUAAAGUCCUCCACAGUUUGCACAGCUGGAGAUUUUACAAAACUGUUCUCCAAACAUUUUCUCAAGAAUUCAAACACUGAAAAUGUAGCUUUUAUAAAAUUCAAAGAGUACCUUGUAUUUUGACAGUGAUGUUUUAAAAUGCAUAUAUGCAUAUAUAUAUAUAUAUAUCCUAAGUAUUUAAUAAAUAUAUAAUGUAGAGAUUUGUUUUCUCUAAAGGAAUUCAUUUCCCAAAUGUGAUCUGGUCAUCUGCUUACUGAGGAGCUGUGUUCUUAAACAUGACCCUAAAAUGUUACGAUAAAGUCCUUAACUUUUGAACCUCAGAAAAAGAAGUGUAAUCUCAAUAUGGGUUUGGUCUUGGGAUCCCUUUUUAGCUUCUCAGAAUUUGAUUAUUACAACUUGCUUUUAAGCUAUACAAAUAAUGGGCAAAUAAAGGAUCUUCACAAACUAAA